AUGUCCCGCUGGUCCAAAUUCCUCUCCGCUUAUUCCUACCGGCUGCACUACCAGCCGGGUAAGCAUAUGGGCCACGCGGACACCUUGAGCCACUGUCUGCUGCUCGCCCAGGUUUCCGACCUGGUCCUGUCUGUGGCCUCCGCCGUCUUCCUUGUAGACGACCUGGAGCUGCCACUCUCCACUUCCGAUAUCACCCAGGCCACCUCCUCCAAUCCCCUCCUUCAUCACGUUUUGAAUGCCGUUCGCUGGGGCUGGACGGUGGAUUCUUGGGCUCCCAAGUUCCUGCCUUUCCUUUGCCGCUGCACCAAACUUUCCAUCCUCCAGGGAUGCCUCCUUUGGGGCUCCCGGGUGGUCAUCCCACCUACCCUGCACCAGCUUGUCCUGCGUCGCCUCCUGGGUCACCCAGUGGACACCCUCUCCAAGUGGGUGGAGGUCAUACCUAUGCGCUCUAUAACAUCUGCCGCCACCAUCCACGCUCUCGAGUGCCUUUUCUUGACCCACGGGUUACCGGACAUCUUGGUGACUGACAACGGCCCCCAAUUUGCCUCCGCCGAAUUCUGCCUCUACCUGGCCAGCCUGGGGGUUCGCCAUGCCCCGGUGGCCCCCUACCACCCCGCAAGCAAUGGAAUGGCUGAGCGCGCUGUUCGCUCUGCCAAGGAAAGCCUGGCCCGUCUCAGUCACCUACCCUGGCCGGCCCGGCUCUGUACCUACCUACAAGCACAACACUCCACCCCAUGCUCCACCACUGGCAAGUCUCCCGCUGAAAUCCUAAUGGGCCGGCGGCUCCACACCACCCUGGACUGGCUACAUCCCCACUUCGCUCCCCUGUCUAUGCCCCAACCGGACGGCCCACGGACCUUCUUAGUGGGGGAGGAGGUAUAUGCCCAGAACUAUUCGGGUGAACCGAAGUGGGUACCAGCCAUGAUACAAGCACUAACGGGGCCCUGUUCCUACAGGGUCCAAAUUGGCGAUGGACGAGUUUGGCGAUGCCAUAUAGACCAGUUACGGCGCCACGCAACCGCCCAGCCGGCCGGACCACAGGCCCACGCAGCUCCGGCUGCUCCGCCCAACACUGGCCUCCAGCCGCAACCACUGCAACGCAACCAGCCAGGCUACCCGCCACCGACUACCACCGCCGCCGUGAACUUAUCUUUAAAUUCCGGCAUGAGGCAAGGGGCUGGGCCUCCGAUUCUGCUCUGCCACUCCAACAGGGCUCCUCCUCCAUCUCCGACGUCUUCUGCGACCACAACCGAACUGAGGCAGUCCCAGCGCCUGCGUAGUCGGCCAAAAUACCUGAACGACUACGCAUGCGCUAUCCGGGGGGAAGGGGUGUUGCGUCCUCUUGACGCAGCCAGCAGCCAAGUCACGCCUUGCAGGAAGCUGAUUGGCUCUGGUGCGGCUGCCAGCCGGCGGGAGAAUUGCGGUAUCCCCAUUGGACGGCCGCCUGACAGCUAUUCAGUGGCCACAGAGACAGAAACUGGCAGCCCGCUCAGAAGCAACCCUAAUAUUUCUUCCAACAACACAUGGGGUGAGGCCUUCUCUGCCAGCUCUUUGGAGGACAUGGUAGCCACCUGCACCAUUGAGACCAUCCUGUCUCUUAUGUGCAUAAUUGGAGUGACCGGCAAUGUCUACACCUUGGUUGUGAUGUGCCACUACAUGAGGUCCUCUGCCUCCAUGUACAUCUACAUCAUUAACUUGGCCCUAGCAGACCUGCUCUACCUUCUGACUAUCCCUUUCAUAGUGGGGACUUAUUUCAUUCAGGAAUGGUACUUUGGCGAUACAGGUUGCCGGAUCCUUUUCAGCUUGGAUUUCCUCACCAUGCACGCUAGCAUUUUCACCUUGAUGGUGAUGAGCACAGAGAGAUACUUCGCAGUGCUGAAGCCUUUGGACACUGUGAAGAGGUCAAAGAGUUAUCGGAAAGCAAUUGCCCUCAUUAUCUGGGUAGCAUCUCUGCUUCUCACCCUGCCAAUGCUGAUCAUGAUCCAGCUGGUGCAAGGAGAAAAGAAUAUCUGCCUCCCCACCUGGAGCAAAUUGUCUUACAAAAUCUACAUCACCAUCCUCUUCUGCACCAGCAUAGUUGGCCCUGGUGUCAUCAUCGGGUAUCUCUACGUUAGACUAGCAAGAACCUACUGGGUGUCCCAGACCACUUCCUUGAAAGAGACCAAGCGGCUGCCCAACCAAAAAGUCCUCUACUUAAUCUUCACUAUUGUGCUGGUCUUCUGGGCCUGCUUCUUGCCAUUCUGGAUCUGGCAGCUGCUCUUCCAGUACUAUGAGCCUCUUCCCAUGUCUCCUAAAGCCAUUAGGAAUGUCAACUACCUGACCACCUGCCUGACCUACAGCAACAGUUGUAUCAACCCUUUCCUCUACACCUUGCUGACCAAGAACUACAAAGAAUAUUUGAGGAACAGGCAGCGUUCUUUUCACAGCAGCCGCAACUACUUCCAGAGAAGGAACCGAUUUCAAAGGAUUUCCGGGAGAUCUUUGUCAACAACCAGCCAGCAUUGUACAGAGACUUUUAUGCUUCCACCCAUUCCAGGGGGAAGUAAUAGCCCAUGAUGAAAGAAGCACACUUCCAAAAUCAACUGUCAUCAAAGUCAGAAGAAGAAAGAAAGAAAGCAUUACAUUUGAAAGGGACGGAUUGUAGAAGAGGUACAUGCUGGGUUUAGAGUUUUGAUGAUAUUUGUCAUCGUACUAAAUCAGGAAAAAAACUGAUGUAUUUCAUACAACCCAUGAUAUGUCACUGUAAAUUUUUGCUUCUUGAAAUUUUAUUAUUCCUAUUGUGAACACUAUUCACUCAAGCAGAAUUAUUUCAGAGAUAAGGCUAUGAAUAAAAAGUGUGCUAAUUUGUUUUAUGGCUAAGCUGGCGGCACUUUUGUGGAAAUUGAAUUUGAGGGAAAUAUUUCACUUUCUACUGAAUUUGUAUCAGCUAAAUUCAGAUAUAGGGACUAAAAACCUGGGUACGUGUUGUCUGGCAGAUUUCUCAGGACUGACAGUUGUGCGUCUUGUGGAUAAAACCGCUUUAUGCGCACUUACACAUACAAAUCUGUUUGCCUUUUACUCCAGCACGUUCUUCACUGAUCACCUCAAGUGGGGCUCUCUGUGCUUCAAAAAUAAUUUCACAUACAUAAUUUGGACCUGAGGAAAAAGUGCCAUGACUGCUUUAUGGAGCUGACUCGUUAAUAUUAAUAAGAAUCUUAAAGUGGUCCCUCUUUAGUUUUUUUUUUCCACAAAGAAGUUUCAUCUUCCCUCUCAGGAGUUAUUUUGAUAAAUAGUAGAACAGUCCAAAACACUUUUUCCAAAGCUCGUUGGUUGUUUUUUUAAGCAUGCACAGCUCUAGUGUCAAAUAUUAUUUGGCAAUAUUUUAAAUACA